CGUUACUUCAGUGAAGACAAAAACAAACUUUUUCUAAAUUUCCUGUUACCGAGAUGAACUGACAAAGUCAAAGUCUAUAUCAACUACACAGUUCGCUCACAGCAAAACAGCAGUGACUUCCCAAAAGAGAGGUACUACAAGCAAAAAAGGAGAGAAGAGAGAGAGAAAAAUAUGGAUUUUGAUUCACAAAGCAACUGGUGUUCGAGAUGCAGACUGUACAGAUAUGCAGCAGUACUGGGUGCUAUUAUUUUACAAAUAGAUACAAAUUUAGCUUUAACGAUAACGGUUCCUCACACGGUCUACAAAUGUCCAGAGAGUCAAGCAGUAUCAAUGAAAUGCAUCACUUCUGGUCACAUAGUCGACAUGCAUGAACAUGUUAACAGGUUGUGGGCUUACACUCAACAUCGGAACCAAAACUGUACUGAUAGAAUGCAUAUCCGGAAUAUUUCUGAGAGGGAGAUGCACAGCGCACAUGCACAAGGCCAUGGUGUAAUCCUGAAUUCUGAGCGGAAUGGGAACUUCUACCUCACCCUGAAAAACUUAACCCAGCAAGACCAGGGGGGGUAUUGCUGCUACAUAGUUGAGUUUAAGAAAGAUGAACAUGGUAAAAUUCACUUAAUACAAAAAACACAUGGCUACAUGGAUCUUGAAGUCUUUAAAGCAAGCACCAAUCCAAAGUCAAGUCAAACGUGUACAUCCUACCCACUGACCAAUGAAGAUAAGGAAGCCACCACUGUAGCAGCCCUGGCGACCGUUGGGUGUAUCAUUGGGAUCCUAUCGCUGCCACUAAUCCUGAUACUAGUGUAUAAACAAAGACAGAGUACCAUCAACAGGAGAAGAGCCCAUGAACUUGUGAGAAUGGACAGUGAUGCAAGAGGUAUUGAAAACCCUGUCUUUGAUGCGCCACCAACACCAGUACCAAGCACUGAAUCUAGGCCACGAACAGUACUCCUUGGUCGCCAGCAGUCAGAAUCUGGCCGGCACCUUCUGUCCGAACCAAAUACACCUAUGACACCUCCUGGUCCAGGAGACUGCUUCUUCCCAACACUAGAGCCCAUUCCAGAUACUUCGGAACUGGUAAAGGUAUAACGCUCAAAAGAAAGUAACGGCAGUCACGGAUAAGGAGGACAACUUUUUAAAGACAUUCACAUAAUAAAAAUCAAGCUGCUUGGCCAUCUGGUGCUUACGUUUCUGUUCUCACAGUAAUCUUCAUGAAAAGUUUAGCAGCUAAACAUAAAGCUUUGCAUUUAGGCCUAGCUAAGUGUGAUUAUAUAUCAUUUCAGACGGGAGCAGCUACACAAACUGGCUCAUUUCUUUUACUGAAAGCAGAGAGCAGUAAAAACAGAAGAAGAAAAUUAGUAAAGGGGUGCUUCAGUGGUCUUGAAGUAAAAGAAUUAUCAUGGUCCGAGUUUGUACCUACUGUAUUUCACAUUUUGGGAAUUCUUUUGCAGUAAGACGAAUACGAGAGUACAACAAAAAUCAUAUACAAAGGAACUGUACUGCAACAAAUAUACUGCAACAGCUAGAAUUCAAACAUGAUUAUUGCAUAUUGCAAGACAUCUAUGUGAGUGAAAUGGAUAAGACAAAGAAAUCUCCUCUCCUUGAGGCUUUGAUUGUAGCAUACACGACAGUGCUAACAAGGACAAUUCACUUUGAUGAAUAUGACUUUUUUUUAAAGAUAUUUUGCAAGAACACAGCUAUUGAGUGCUAACUAUACCAAAGAUGAAGGACAGCGCACUUUGCCAACCACCAUUCCUAUUUUGACAUUGCCUUUAACUAAAAAGCUUCAGCCAUGAAAUAACAGGAUCAGCAUAUUGUUGAAACAAACUGUGUUCACAAGCCUGCUACUCUGUUUAUUUUUAUAGAGUAAGAAAUCUCAUUCAUUCAUGUAUUUUUAUUAUGAUUGCUGACUACUGAACUGCUGAGUAAAUUAAGUGAUUGAAUUAGAAUGUAUUCUGAAGGGCAGAACAUUGAUUCAUUUCAUGAUAAUUAAUGAAAUGCUGUUGACUUAUUUUAAUGAUACUAAACCAGAAUAUGAACGCAGAGGUAAUGAUAGCAAAAUAUAAACUGUUAGUACAGUUCUUCUCAUACCUACUACUGUUCAACAAAACUCUACAAUGCUUAAAUAAAUAAAGCUGUUGAGGUAUAUGAUAAGCAAAUCAUCUGGCAGGGAAAAUGUCAGCUGAUCCAUAACAGGAAGCAUUUAUGACUGAGAUCACAAAAAAGAAGAAAGGCGACCGAGUGAGUAUGAGCUAUAUAGACAUGAACGGAGCCUUUGAAUGCACUAUGCAAUGUAGGCUUCUUGUAAAAUGGCAAGGUAAGGACUGUGAUGUAAACUGCACAGGUGAGUGGAAUAAUGCUUAAAGAGUAGGGGGCUUUGUGCAAGAAACAAAGUGAUAGAAGCAAAAACUAACACUCCUCAAUGUUACCCAAAAAUCAUGACUAACAACUGUGCAAAACAGAAAGAGCACACUUCAUUGGUUGCAUGCAGAUCAGUAGAAUCACAGCCAGAGCAAAUACCAUCCCUCCCCACUUCUAAACCCUGUGUGCCCAUCUUGGUAAAAUGCAAAGUGAAAUUGAAGGCAUUUUAAAAUAAUGUAUUUGAUUUUUCAGAGAUAAUUUGUAUUAGAUGAUCACACCAUAACAUAGUUACCCAGUUAGAGUACUACUGGCAACUAUUUUGUGGAGGAGACUAAUUUUGCUCCCUUUGACAUAAAGUAGGCACUUCAUCUUCAAUAAUAAAUACUAAGUUCUUCACAUGAACUGAGGAAAACUGCAAAACAUUCAACAAUGAAAAACAAGAGUCUUGUACUGAAAUAUCAGACAUGAUUAUAUGGAUAUUUCUGAAGAAACAGGAAGUUCAACAGAGUAGAAAGUAUAACAGUUUUUGAAAUAUUGAGCUAUUUGUAUUUUUUUGUUUGAAUUUUUUUAAACUUUGUAUGAUUAUGGACUGUUUAAGGGCUACAAUGCAAUACAUGUGUCACAGUGCAAAAAUUGCCUUGGUUACCACAUGAUUUUUCUUUGUUUUUUUUUUUUUUAGCUAAGUUGGAUGUAAAUAUGGACUAGCAUAGAAACUCCUAGCUUGAUGUCAGCAUUUCAGAAAUUAAGGUGGUUUGAACACAAAAAGUUUAUGAUUUUUGGUAUUUUUACAUAUACAUCCAUGGUUACCAUCCUCGAUAAAUAAAAUUUUUCAUUGCAGGUCAAAGCUGCUGCCCUUUUGCAUUCCUCAUUCAUCUUGCCUAAUCAGUUCAGUUGGCUUUGUUAAUUACACUAUACCAUUUUCUCAGCAAACAUCAGCUAUUAACAGAAAGCACUUUUUUGAACUACAGUGAUCAUUAUACAAAUAUCAGAAGGUUACGUCCAUGAAGUUCACGUAAAUCAAUUUAUUUAUUCCUCCAAGUGGUUGUAACUAAAGCGGAAUGAUCUUCUGUUAGACCUACUUAAAGUGACAACUUACAUUUUUGUAAAAUACUAUUGCCUCUGUACCAUACCAUGUAUGUUAUUAUACUAAAUGUGCUUAGUUUGUAUUAUAUUACCUUUUAAAUUUGCAAGUAAUAAUGGGUUACAUUUGAGGAAAGGGUAUUUGCCUUAUGAAAUCCAGAGAAUUACUACUUCUUAAGUAAUAUACAAUGAAACAAAACUGGCCAUUAGUUUUACACAGAUUGCUCUUAUGGUAAUAUAAGUCUUUUAAAAUAUGUCUGUCAAUCCUUUUACAUGCAAGGUGUAUUUUAUAAAAUACUAGGGUAUUUAGGUUUUACCAUUUUUCGUCAAUGAGAUACCUCAGGACUAUGAAUGCCGAUGGAUAUAACAUAUUGGCUCAGAUUCAAAAAAUCUUACUGUCAGUAGCUAAAAAGUAGCCCUACACCAAAGUAAGUCACUUACACCAAGAGCAAGUCUUUUGGAAGAGGGCCUGUACUGUAAGCUGCUAUAUCCACCUCCUCCCUAUAUAUACUAUCGGUAUGAGGAAUUUCUCUAACAUCCAUGUCGGCUAAGUCAUAUUCUAUACUUGACAGCCUUCAAACAAAUAAUACAUUACUCAGUAUUGGUUUAUUAAAUAAAAUCUUCAGUACAGUGUGGCAAGGUAAACGCUACCACAACAGUAUUUUAUUUGAAAAACAGUUUGCCAAAUAGCUGCAGAAAAGGAAACUGGUUUCAGCUUCUGGACAUGCAGAUAACUUCUUUGUUAGCUUAGCUGAGCUGAAAUAAUAUCUGCAGUAAAGCUGAAUGUUAGAAGCUGUUGCUUUUGUAAAUAGCAGGAAGUGAGAUGUUAGCUCAAAUUUUAGGAGGCAACCCAUAGUAAAUACAAACAGAACAUUUUCUAUUGUAGAAGCAAUAUACAGCCACCAAUAAAUGUGUUCAACUUUUUUAAAGAAAGAGAUUAUAAACAGUUUAAUUAAAUUUGCAGGAUUAAUAAAUGUCAUAUAUUGUUUUUUAUUGUGUCUUAAGUUCAGUGGUUUGUAUGAAGCUAUUUCUCUUACUUCUGUUCGGAUAUUAUGGAUAAAUGUAUAGUUUGAUAUGUAUUAACCAAUGAAAGGGUUGUACAAACAUUUCAGCAUUAAGGUGAUUUUAUUAAAAAUUGUUAAUAUACA